GGGAGCAUGGUGGCGGAUAAUCUCCCGAACCGGGAUUGCGACGCCAAGGCUUCCAACGGGGAGAUUUGUUGCUACAAGGGCGAGGGCGGCAGGUGCGACUACGACAAGACCGGGGACUGCGCCGAGGGGCUCGAGGAGUACAAGGUGGAGUACGUGGAUCCCUUCGUCGAGGUCCUGAAAGAGUACGAGUCCAAGCUGCCUAUCGUGGUGGUCCUCGAGCCCGACAGCUUGCCUAACUUGGCCACCAACUUGGGCCACCCACAUUGCGGCAACCCCGCGACGGUUGCCGCGUACACGGAGGGGAUCGGAUACGCUUUGGAGCGGUUGACUACACAAGUACCGGCUGUUUCGGUGUAUUUGGAUGCCGCACAUGGUGGCUGGCUGGGUUGGGAGGACAAUCUUGAAAAAUUCAUGGCACUUCUCAAGGAUGCAGCUUUCCCGAUGAAGAAGAUUCGCGGUUUUGCGACAAACGUGGCAAACUACCAGCCUUUGGGCCAUUUAUGCCCGUUCUGUCCUGACCAAGGCUGGAGGAACGCAUACUGCUUGAACGGAAGGCACAGGUCGGAUCCUUGCUGCGCAGACCCUUGCAGGUUGCUGGGCCAGUACAGCGCUGGGAACAAUGAGCUCAAUUAUGCGCAGGACCUCAUCAUGGCGGCCAAUGCCCUGCUUGAGAUGGAUGCUCACGCCAUCAUUGACACUGGCAGAAACGGUGUCGUGGACAUGCGCCAGGACUGCGAAAACUGGUGCAACCCCCGCAACGCUGGCGCCGGCAUACCCUCUACAACGGACGUCGCCAACACAAGCCUGAUCGACGCGUAUUACUGGCUGAAGACCCCGGGCGAAUCCGACGGCUGCAGCCAGCAGUUGCCGGAUGGCACCCAGUGCCCCCGCUUCGAUGACAUGUGCGGCUCCGCGGACUCCAUCGGCAGCCGGGCAGGCGAGCCGCGGGCGCCAGAGGCAGGCGCCUGGUUCGACUACCAGGUGAAGCAGCUGGCCGCCAACGCCCACCUCGAACCCCCCGAGGCAGCCACUGCGGCCAGCAGCGCCUCCGGCUUCGGCGCGUGCGGCGCGGACCUGCAGCGGCAGAGGCCGCAGCCGCUGCCGCCGCAGCAGCCGCAGCCGCUGCCGCCGCAGCAGCCGCAGCCGCUGUCGGGCGCGGUCCUGCAGCCGAGCGCGGGCGCGAGCAGCCCCUGGACGGGUCGGGCUGUGGGCGCGGGCAGCCCCGCGCACCAGCAGCCGCGGGCCCAGCAGCCGCAGCAGCCGCCGGCGCAGGCGGCAGUGACCGCGGAGCCGCAGGCCGCGCGGCAGGCCUCGCGGCCGCAGCCCGCGCGGCCCUGGAGCGGCGAUGCGGCGGGCCCCUGCGCGCAGGUCUACCAGCAGUGCGGCGGCGCGCGGUGGACCGGGCCGACCUGCUGCGCCGGGGGCUCCGCCUGCGUGGCGCACGGCGACUUCUACAGCCAGUGUGCCCCGAGCCCCGAGGGCGCUGCGGGCGGGGAGCUGGCCAGCGUCUCGAGCGUGGUCGGCAUCAUGCGGAAGAGUGACGCGCGCCGCCGCGCGCCCGCUGCCGCCCGGGCCGGCGGCGGGGCACUGCUCGCGCAGGCCCUCCCCGCGCUCGCGGCCGUGCCGGUGUUGAUCGCGGCCGCGUCGGCGGCGCUGCGCCUCGGGCCGGGGCGCGGCGGGGCCUUCCGGCGCCUCCCGCUGGAGGACGCCGCAGCUCGCGGGGCGUGUGCAGCCGGCGGGGUGGCGUGAAGCUCGCCCGGGAGUCGGGAAGCCACCGUCGAGGGCGAGGACGGCGUGCGCUGUGCGCCCGGCUGGCCAUCUGCGGCGAAUUCGGUUUUUGCGCGGCCGCGUUUUUGCUUGGCCGUGCUGCCGCGCUGCUGCAAGGGGGGGAGCCCGCAGCUGCCUCGGCGCGGUUCCCCGGUGCCACGGCAUGUGGGUCGGGUGCAUUCGUCCGCGGCACCGCAACGGGUAUUUUUGGAGGAUUGCCGAAAUUUGCCAUUUUAGGGCCUCUCUCUCGGAGAGGAUUGGGUUCGCUGGGUCACUGGCCAGAGUGCCCGUUAGUGGUGUCCCCAUAAGAUGGGCGCUGAAUUCGGAUGGGGCAUUUCUGCUGCGAGCUCGUCCCCAUGCAGCAGAUGUGUCGUGGGCAUCUCUUGCAGCCUCUGCCAGACAGCCCGGAAACGCAAGGCGCAGGCAUCCGAUUUGCGACGGUGGUGAGCGCCGCCACCUGCAGGAAUCGACGUCCGGCGGGUCCAACAUCGCCGUGGAAUUCGUUGCCGCGCCUGUUGGAGCACACGCAAACAUGGCAGUUCGCUAGCCAUCGAAGACGACUGAACCACCGUCGCCCCCUGUCUUUCGGAAGCGCUUUCGUUGCCAAA